AGUGAAAAGAUGGGCGAUGCAACAUCAUCAUACCACCACUGGCUAGUAGCUUGUGAGAACGAAAAGGAAUUUUGCUCGAUUCAAAUCCGGGGCUUUGCCUCGCGACCAUCAUAAAAGGACCAUGCUACUGCUCUCCUCCCCCUCAGGCCUCAGCGAACCAACCAGCACGCUCCAUCACAAGCCAUUCCCUCCAUUGGAAGAGAAGGUCGAGUAGCUUCACAGAGAGCCGAGAGAGGCAGAGACGGAGAAGAAGCAAUGUCUUCUCUAACGCAGCCCAUGCCGUACUACCCGACCACCUCCAGCCCCAUCACGCGCGCGCAGCCGGCCACCACCGCGUCCAGGGGCUCCUUCGUGCCGGUCUUCACCGUGCUCGGCGUCAUCUCCUUCCUCGCCGUCGUCGCCUGCGUCGCGGGCCGGCUCUGCGGCCGCCGCCUCUCCAGGAAGAAGUCCUCCUACUCCGACCAGCACUACUACGGCAGCGACGCCGUGGGCGGCGACCUGGAGAAGGGGUUCGAGGUCAAGUACCCGCCGAUGAAGCCCAUGCCGAGCUCCCGCGCUGUCAUCCACGACAUGGACGACGGCUUCGAGAUCAAGUUCGCGCCGGGGAAGCCCGCGGCGUGGAAGACCGACAGCAAGCCCGACACCAGAGGGCGCCAGCAGCACCAGCAUCCCCAGGUUGGCGUCGCCAUGCCCAGAGAGUAUGCGGGUUUCAGGUACCCUGCAGGCGCCAACGGCGCGGUCAGGCAGGGGCAAGUCAGGGGCGGAACAUUCGUCUCUGCAAAGCCCUAGUAGGGUAGUAGUACAUGAUCCAUCGAUCAUCAAAGGGGUAGCUUAGGUUCACAACUUGGAUGUAUCUCAUAAUAUGAUACGCAAUGUCUGCUAGCCAUCCAUCGGCGAUAGUAUCUUCACUCUAGCUAGUUUUGGGGCGCGCUCUUGCAUAAGUCUGUACUAGUUCCCAGCCACUUCCAUAUUCUAUUUGUACAUUCAACCAUUAAGCAAGCAGUGAAGGAUAUCUCGUUCC